AUGGUCGUUCACAAUCCUAACAACUGGCACUGGGUCGAGAAGAACUGUCUUCCAUGGUCCAAGGAGUACCUCCAACAGAACGUGCUCAACACCGAAUUUGUCAACGAUUCGUUGAAGAUUGUCGUCCACAAUAUCGACAGCGUCACCGGUGACUGCGAUGUGACGCAGAGAAAGGGCAAAGUGUUGUGCAUCUAUGAUAUGAAGGUGGAGUUUGCCAUCACCUCUACCGUCCAAGAGGGCGAGGACGAGACCAGAGACAUUAUCGGGACUGUCAUCUUGCCAGAGUUCACCCACGACCAGGAUGACGACGAGUACGAGUUCCAGGUCAAGGCUGACAACUCUGUGGAUGUCAAGAAGUACCUCUUACCGGUUCUUUUGGCCAAGUUGAAGAAAUUCCAGAGCGACUUGAUCAGCACCCACGAAGGUGAUGUCCAGCACGCCACUGAUUAA